UUGCUUAGGUAUGAUACUUUCACAUUGUAUAAUGUAUCAUCUUCUGAAGCACAUGACUUUCAUUGCCUGAUACAAGACCUUGUUCAUGUGACUAAUGGAAUGAACUUUCAAAAGUCUGAUACAAAGUCCCUGAGAAACCUAUUAUUAUUUCAAUAUCUUGUCAACAUUCUUGAAAGUGAUUUUGUACCGCGCAAUAGUGCAUAUGAAGGUCUCAUGAGCUGGGCGCAUUUGAAAGAGUCUUUGCUUAACAUGCUUUUGGGAUCACGUAAAAUAAACUACAAAAACUUUGUGAAGGAUUGUUUAACUUUUAUGUGUCAACUGUACCAGAGUUCUGUUGCAUUUAAUGAUGAUGAAAUACAUCCAGAAAUUUCUAAAGAAAAAUCAGCUAAAAGUUGUGAUACAGCUGUGAUAGUUGCUUUAUUUGAGGUUGGAAAGAAUGCCUGCAUUGCUAUGCAAAAAUUUCUCACAAUUAUUAUGGAGAUAGAUACAUCUAAGAAGAAAGCAAAUAAGGAAGGUUCUACUACAAGAGCUAAUGAUGUCAGGACUCCGAUGGUGGAGCUAAUUGUAGAUGAGCUUACUUAUAAUAGGGAUAUUUUCCACCCUUUUCUUCAGGUAUACGAUGAACCUAAAUGGAAGCUUGAAAUUGUUGUGCAGCACUCUUGGAAAUAUGUGGGAAAGCCUUCUGUCCGUACUCGUAGGUCUAAUGGUUCUGUAGAUGAUACAACAUUUAGUGGAGCAUUGAAGUGCUUUUCAGAUAUCACAGGCACAAAAAGCGCUGUUAAAAGAAUUGGGACUGAAGUAAUUCAGUUACUCUCAGUACAUGGAUUUCAGGUGAUUGGUCUUGCUCUUUAUGAACUUAUCUAUAUACCUGUUAAUAAGAUGACUGAGAAGAUAAAGUAUUACUCUUCUUGCUAA